ACACCAAAAAAUUUGACAGAAUGCACACUCCCAAAACAAAUGAGUUAAUGUUUCAUCCGAAUUAUGACAAAAUGAACAAAGAGGGUCAACAUUGAUCUUAUACUUAACUAAAGCUGAAUUAACUGAGUAACACCUGUGUAACAGUUUUAAAGAUACCUCUCUCACCUUAUUCGAAAUAAAAAACUUCCUUGGUAAUAACCAUACUUUUUCCCAUUCCACAUCAGAAUAUAAAUUACUCCAGAAAAAGAUAGAAGUUGGCUUACAAAUUGUAUCCCUUUGGAUCAAUUCUCUAAGGCAUUUAUUAUUAGUUUUUUGUUUUUUGGAGAGAUAUGGAUUUGUUUUGUGGCGCACGGGUGCAACUCGUUAAAGAUCCGAAGUGUCCAAUCAGAGCGCGUCCUCACAGUCACAUGUACUUACAAGACUCCAGUACGUCACACCGCGCCGUCACCAUCUUGCUUGGGGACUACAGUUACAAUGGUUGUGGAAUGUGCGGCAGCUACAUGUCGUAUAAAACGAUCCAAGGACUCUAAAUCAGCUGGAAUUACCUUCCAUGUGUUUCCCAAAGAUGAAGCGCUGCGCAGACAGUGGUGUGUGGCCAUGCAUAGGAGGGAGGGAUGGCAGCCAUCACGGUGGGAUCUGGUUUGCAGCACCCACUUUGAAGCUGCAGAUUUUGAUAGAACUGGUCAGACAGUCAGGAUAAGAAAAGGAGUUGUACCAACUGUGUUUCCAAACCUCCCAGAGCAUCUUCAGAAGAGGCCAGCUAAACCAACAACCACAGUAAACCCACAGACCACCCCAGUGCAAGAACUGCCAGCACAGUGCUUGCAGAUGCAGAAAAUAUCUUCAGAGCUGCAUAAUAAUCAGGAAAAAGAACAAAAAAAACUGGAUCAUGACUACUCCUGUCCAGACUAUGAAACACUCCGACAGAAGUGGCUCCAAGCACAGGAUCAAAUCGAGAAGCUGCAGCGGCAGCUGGUUAAUGUGCGAAUGAGAGAAUGUCGUGCCAAAAAAGCCUUGAAAAAUGUAGUGGGUAAGCUCAGAUACAAGAUCCUUCUCACACAUGAGCUGCAGAUGAAGUUGAAUCAGUAUGCCAGUACAGGCAGCUGCAGAUCCCUGAAAACCAGUAAAAGAAGUCGAACCCAGUCCGAUGACAGAAAUCGCCUUUCCAAAGAAGGAGGCCCAUCAACCGUGAACAAAAAGUCAGUUGUCAGGGUUGUUCUGACUGAAGAUGAAACACUCCCAGGCGUUUCUAAAAUGAUCCCAGUAGAGGACACCUCAGCUGAAAUGGGGUCUGCAGACAUUCAGGCUCCCCUUCAGAGUCACCCAGAGGACUGUGAAAGUGGAGCUGCUGCUGAACCUGAUAACUCCAAAACAAACCAGGAGACAAGUUCUGACCAGGCCUCCACAGUAUCUACAACACCAACGGCACCAGUGAGCAGAGGCUUUCAGGAAUAUUCUAUCAAACAAGUUGCUGCCAGUUUACUUCAGAGCCAGUUGAAGAUCUUUACCUGUGAGUUCUGUAAUAAGAUCUUCAAGUUCAGACACUCGCUAAUUGCACACCUCAGGACGCACACCCAGGAGAAACCAUUUCAGUGUCCUCAUUGUGACUAUGCAUCAACCAUUAAGGCAAACCUAAAUGUUCAUCUGAGGAAGCACACUGGAGAGAAGUUCAGCUGUCAGCACUGUUCGUUCAACUGUCUCAGCCCAGGACAUCUCAAGGUUCAUAUAGAGCGAGUCCAUUUAAAGGUGAAGCAGCAUUGCAGCUUCUGUCAGAAAAAGUACUCAGAUGUAAAGAACUUGCUGAAACACAUGGAGAAACAGCAUAACCUGAAAGACCCUGCAGUCAAUCAGAGCUACCAACAGCUGAGGUUAAAGACUCGUCAGGGCUUCAGGCAGCUCCUGUACCACUGCCCCACCUGCAACAGACGAUUUAAGAACCGGCUGGAGAGAGAGCGGCACCUGCUGGUCCAUGGCCCUCAACGCCCCUUCGCCUGUUUGCUAUGCGACUACGCUGCAACCAAUGUGACUGCUCUUACCACUCACGUCAGCAAACACUUCUUCCUAUAUGUUUGCCAUGUAUGUGAAGGAAAGUUUGUCAGCUGUCACAAACUGAAGAGUCACCUGACGGACUUGCACCCCGAGAUGGAUCAAGAGCAGUCCUUUACAGACUGUAUCAAUAGCAGCUACCAUCUGAUACAACCAGGGGGAGGCAUGUGGGGGGAGGAUGAGGGAGGGGAUGCAGAGAGGGCGACAAAAGACCAGAGCAGGACAGAACAGGGAUGUCCAGAUGAGCCGAUGAGGGAGGAGGAUGGAGGAAAUCAACGACAGGAGUUGAGAGGUGAAGUGGAACAAAAAACAGGAGUUACAAGUGAAGAGAAACAGGAAGAGCAAACUCAAAAUGGUGUGGAAUCAAUGCAGGUGAUGGAGAGGGAGGCUGAUGACCCUACACCACAAAGCUGCCAAAAGGAAGUUCAGCAAACAACUUAUUUAGAAGCCUCCCCACCCACUGACAGACAGGAGGAAGAACAAGCUGCCACUUCUGAUUGUUUACAUUCGACAGCUGGGGAGAAUUCACAGGAAAUCACAAGUGACAUGACCGAAAACACUGGAGAACACGAGGAGAACACUCCAACAGUUUCAUGCUCAGAGACUGUUCACACACAUCCCACUGAAAAAAAUGAUAGAACUGAAGAAAGUACAGCGACACCCUCGACAGAAAACACAUGUGCAGCUACAAACACAGAUUCAUCAUCUGGAAUCACAAACUUAUCCCAUUUGAGUCAGGAUUUACCAUCCUCAUCUGGCCCUGGAGUGGAAGAUAAUCAAACUGCACUUUCAGGAAAGGACUCAGAGGUUCCACAUCAGAGUGCGUUUCAGCAGGUGGUCUCAGCUCUUCAGAAGACUCGCCUCACUAUGGAGACGUACGAACGACUCAGGAAAAUUCAUGGAGACCUGGAAUGUCAAUAUUGUGGUAAACUGUUCUGGUACAAAGUCCACUAUAAUGUCCACAUACGUACGCACACCAAGGAGCACCUGCAGUACUGUUCACAGUGCAACUACUCAUCCAUCACCAAGAGCUCCUUAAAGCGGCAUCUGAUCCAGAAACACAGCGGCUUUCUGCUGCUGUGUCCUAAUCCUGACUGUAAAUACACCACCCCUGACAAAUACAAACUACAGGCACAUCUGAGGAAGCACCAAGGCCAGGGGAAGAGUGUGUACUGUCCUCUUUGUGAUAACAGCUACCCAGAGAAUAAAUACAAACAGCACCUCAGAACAACUCAUCCAGAUGCAGCCCCUAUACAAAGUAAAGGACUGAUGGUGAAACAGGCAGAGAAGUGCCCCUACUGCGACUCCUACUUCCUGAAGAACAGCAGGGACUUUCAGCAGCACAUCUGGGCUCACCAAGGGGUCAAACCAUACCUCUGCAAUCUGUGUGACUAUGCUGGUCGCAGGAAGAGCAACCUGAAGACUCACAUGAACCGACACAGAACAGAGCGAUGCCACCUCUGUGAUCUGUGCGGUAAAAAGUUUAAAUCUAAAGUCACGCUAAAAAGCCACAGACUAAGUCACACUGAUGAAGGGAAACGGUUUCAGUGUUCAGAGUGUGACUUCACCUCAGUUUCUAAACCGUCUUUGCUCAGACACAUGGAGCAGCACACCGAAUUUAAGCCUUUUCGCUGUGCUCACUGCCGCUACUCCUGUAACAUUGCCGGUCCCCUUAAGCGCCAUUACAACAGGAAACAUCCAGAUCAGAAAUAUGAGAAUGCUGGACCUGGGCUACCCAACCCGGAUGCUCUGAAACAUCAAGGUGUUCUGAAGUGUCCAGUAUGUGAAUUUGUUUAUGGCACCAAGUGGGAGCUGAACCGCCACCUGAAGAACAAACACCAACUGAAUGUGGUGGAAAUCACCUGGGAGGAGAGAGAGGCAGUAGAGGCACAGUUUGUACCAGUGGAUGAUGAGGAGCAGCUGACAGAGGCACCUGUAGCAGCCCUGCAGGAUAAUGCAGCAGUUAAUAUUCUGCAGCAAAUCACUGAAUUCAGCUCAGAAACGCACGAUGCUGUCACCCCCAUGGUUGCCAUGGCUCCAGGCACUGUUGCUGUAGUAGAGCAGUUGCAGGUGGCUGAUGAGCAGGAAGUCGGUAACUGUGACGACCAGCUGAUGGUUGUUAACACAGAGGAGGGUCUUGCUGCCGACCAGGUGAUGGUGGUGGAAGAGGCAGGAGGCUUGGAGGCUCUGACGGUCCUCACUCAGGGAGACAACACACACCACUACAUAGUCUACGUCCAGGAACAGACUGUGGAAAUCAACUAGUAGUGCAAACAUUUCACCAACAGAUGUGAUGAAUAGUCGACCAUUCUACAAAAGCCUACAAAGAAGCAAUAAAAUAAGAAUCUGGCGUGUUGUAUCAAUUGUGCACUACCUUUAGACU